AUGGAGGUAGAGAAAGAGAUGGAAGUUAUUCCGGAUCCGAACUCAAACUCAACAUGGGCAUGGCUUCCCCAGAACCUUGUUGACAAUAUUUUGGACAAGAUGGUGUCUCUCCAAGACUACAUCCGCUUUGGUGGUGUCUCCCCUAACUGGCGUAGGAUCACACAGGAGAAUCACCACAAACGAAUUGAAGUAAAAAAUAAUCUUCAGCUACCUCUCCUCAUGAUCCCCACCAGCAAUAACAGUCGCAUGAGACGUGGUUUAUACAGCCUCACCAAGCCCGGAAUAUGCGAAACUGAGCUUCCCGUACCUUACCGGAGGAGGUGUUGUGGCUCUUCUCAUGGUUGGUUAAUCACUUUAGAUGUCAGGACUGCUGUUAUUGGCCUUAUAAACCCAUUCUCCAGCAGAAUGAAGCUUCUCUUCCCGUCAUUCAUGGGAGACAUUAUCAUCAUUGAUGAUGAUACCAAUUCCGAUCGUUUCAGCGAGUACUACAUCCACAAGGCUGUAUUAUCAGCCGACCCGGAUUCAUCGAAUUACGAUAUUGCCAUCAUCUAUGGCAGUGGGCGAAAAUUGGCGGUACUUCGAAUUACUACUACUGUUAAUGCUAAUGCUAAUGCUAAUUCUAAUGCUAAAGAAUGGCGUUUUAUUAAUGGCAAGCCUUACAGGUCGUUUCAGGACAUUAUUUACCACAAAGACAGGUUUUAUGCAAUGGAUGUUUGGGGACAAGUAUACUCUUGUGAUGUUAGAGGACCGAGUACUAUAAUGCAUGAUGAGUCUGUUGCACCAACCAUUUGUGUUUUUUUGCAUCCGCAUAGCAAGAAGUACCUUGUGGAAUCACCUAAGGGAGAUCUUUGGCAUGUUAUAAGGCUAAUUGAUCCAGCAGAAGGUGGAAAUUAUUGGACCACUAAGUUUAGGGUUUACAGGCUUGUUGAACGUGAUCAUGUUAGUAGUUCUCGUAAUCGUGACCGUUUGAAAUGGGUUGAGAUGGAUAGAAUCGGUGAUUGUGCUUUGUUCUUGGGGGAUAACCAUUCACUCUCUGUGGUGGCUUCUGAUUUCCCCAGAGGGUGCAUGCCAAACUGCAUUUACUACACAGAUGAUGGCACUGCUGCGUUUAUGGCGGGGACAUCGUAUGAUGCCACAGGGGCUUAUGACAUUGGUGUCUACAACAUGGUGGAUAAAACUAUCUCGCAGCAUUAUGUCCCAAAUCUGGCUCACAUGUUCCUGCCUCCACCAAUCUGGAUCGUCCCAACAUUAAACUGA